AUGGCAGUUACAAAAAUUAUUUGUAGGAAUUUUUUACUUAUAACAAAACAAUGGCACGUCACUCCGAGAAGAUGUUUUUCUCCAGUGAUGCCGUUCGACUGUGGGCCCAAUUUGGAGAACAGAGGUAUAUGCGCCGUCGAUCCAUGUGAUGCUAAUAAAUGUUUUGAAGAACCUCGGGUCGUUAUCAUCGGAGCAGGCAUGGCUGGUCUCUCCGCAGCUGCCCGACUCUCUCAACGAGGCAUUAGUAACGUAGUAGUUCUCGAAGCUUACGAGAGGCCAGGUGGUCGGAUACAGUCAUGCUGGCUUGGAGAUAUAGUUGCAGAAUUAGGCUCUCAUUGGAAAGCAGAUAACGCUAUUACACAUCCCCUUUAUGCUAUGUCUACACAAGAAAACCCACCGCGUCCUGGAGUACCUGGCGCUGAACAUACGCGAGGUCUCUUUAACAGAUUAAUUUCAGGAAAAAUGCCUUUUCCACCAACAAUCAAUGCAUAUCAUAAAUUUCGUCAGAUAGAGCAAGAAGCAGCAGAAUUAUACUGUCUCGGUGGUAGUAAACAACAAGGUUCUCUAAUAAAUUUUAUGAGUUUGCGAAUCCAACAAGAAUUGCACAAUUUUCCUGAGGAUCAACAACAUGAUGCCGCUAGAAUUAUGUUUGGACUCUCGCACAUGCUCAAUGCAAGAUGUGGAGGUGAUACGGCAAUGCUAUGUGCCGACCACUGCGGCUGCUUUAUGAACAUGCCUGGAGGAGCAGUACGUGUUCCUUUAGGAUUAGUAGGCAUAUUGGCUCCAUUACUACGACAGAUACCAGAAGGAGCCAUUCGUUACUGUAAGCCUGUUAAUUGUGUUUACUGGGGGACAUCUCAUAAGUCUGGUCAUCGGGCUAUAGUUACCACUAGUGAUGGAGAAGAAUUUCCUUGCGAUUAUGUCAUUAUUACUGUAUCUCUUGGUGUAUUGUAUGAGAAUGCGGUCAAAAUGUUUUGCCCAUCACUGCCAGGAUCUAAAUGCUCAGCUAUGCAAUCCCUUGGUUUCGGGAAUUGUAAUAAAAUUUAUAUGGAAUACUGUCGUCCUUUCUGGUUUUGGCACAAAGGAAAUUUAAACUUUGAAUUCAAUCGAUGCGAACUUUGUUCACAUAGAGAUUGGACUCGUGGUUUGACUAAAAUAGAAGUUGUGCCUAACAGUAAGCAUGUUUUAUGUGCUAUGGUUGUAGGCCAAGAAGCUAUGGCAAUGGAGGGCCUUUGUGAUCGGGAUAUAGUCGAAGGAUUGACUUCUGUUCUACGUUGUUGCACUAACAAUCCUUGUAUACCAUAUCCCAGAACAAUUCUGAGAUCACAUUGGAGCUCAGAUCCAUACUUCCGUGGCGCAUAUUCUUAUGAUGCCACAAACUCUGAUGGCAAUUUACAGCGUGAAUUAGCGUGUCCUCUUCCAGGACCUAGUCAACCAAUACCUCCGGUACUUUUAUUUGCUGGUGAAGCAACAGUGCCGGGCCACUACGCAACAGUAUCUGGAGCAAGGUUGAGCGGUGUGAGAGAAGCGGAGCGAAUCGUCAUAUUAACUUGCCGGUUUAAAGGCCCACCUCUGCCGAAAAAAAAGAAAAAGAAAUCUAAAAAAGGAGAUGAGUCUGACAAAAAAGAUGAGUCUGACAAGAAAAGUAGAAAAAAAUAUUAA